AUGCUAUCAAGCCCUGAGCAGGAUCUUGAAGAUACGCUUCUUUUACCAAACUGCAACCGUCUUGACGUGAGGCAAAAUUGUAUCAGAGGCUCUCAAUUUCGCACCUUUGACGGCACAUGUAACAACCUCUGCAAUAUAACCAAUGGAGCAGCCGGUUCGUCAUUUCUACGUCUCGAGGGUCUCAAUCCUCCCAAUACCUUUCAGCAACCUGGCAACCUACCUCGAAUUAAAUCCGUCAAUGGUGGUUUGCUCAGAAAUGCAAGAAAUAUCAGCAGAAUAGUCUUCAACAACACAGACGCUAACGUAAACGACACCGCUCCAAAUUUUACCCACGUGACAAUGACCUGGGGGCAAUUUUUGGACCAUGACCUGACCCUGACUCAGCUGGUCCCUGAUGUGGAGUGUGGAGUGAACAAUGCACCGUGUCAGGAGAUAACAGGAUGUACCAACCUCGACAUCCUAGAAGGAGAUGACCUUCUUAACAAUAGGAGUGCAACAUGUAUUCCACUUAGGAGAGCCAAACAGAGUAAAGAUGGCGAGCAGAUGAACAUCAUUACAUCUUACAUUGAUGGUUCACAAGUGUAUGGCUCAGACAAAGAAACAGCAGAGAGCCUGCGCGACCCAAGUGAUCGCAGAUUUCUGGAUGUGAGACUAUUCGUAAAAGCUGCAUCAGGGCGGCAGUGUGGGUUGCUUCCAGCCGCUGAGGAAGAAGCUUUUUGUAGAUCUCCUAAUCCAAUGGACAAACCUUGCCUCCGUGCUGGCGACGAAAGAGUUAAUGAAAACCAAGGCUUAAUGGCAAUGCACACGUUGUGGGUUCGAGAGCAUAAUCGCAUCGCCAAAAAACUGAUUGAAUUAAAUCCAAAAUGGAAAGUUGAAAAAGUGUUCCAAGUGGCAAGGAAAAUCGUGGCAGCAGAAUUACAACACAUCACAUACAACGAGUGGCUAAAAGUGUUAUUCAGUGAUGCUGUGCUGGAAAGGGAAGGUCUGUUGUUGGAGCCACCAGGAAAAUUCUUUACGGGAUACAAUGCAUCGAUAAACGCAGGAAUCUUGAACCACUUUGGAACUGCAGUUUUGAGAGUGGGCCACACCCUGAUUCGAUCAAGAUUUAAACUAGUCACCAAUUCAAGCGUGAAGCGCUCCAGUAAACGUUUUUAUCUCGGAAGUGUUGGAGUGGACUUUUUCAAUCCAGCCUCCGUGCUACUGGGAUACAAGAUCAACUUCUUUGGAGAACUCUUAUUUGGUCUGGUUAACGAGUUAGCUCAGCUCCCGGAUAAGAACUUUGUCAACAUCAUAAGAGAAGGUCUAAUCAUAGAAGGACCAACUAUUGAUGGUAUUGUUGGCGACCUUCCUGCAAUAAACAUUCACCGUGGUAGGGAUCAUGGCUUACAAACGUUUGUAAAAUUCCGAGAGAUUUGUGGAGCAGGCCCAAGCAAUAACUUUGGUCAACUUCGUAAUACCAUAAAUCGCCCAGAGAUCCGGAAACUGAGAGAAGCUUAUGACAAUGCGAAAGACAUCGAUCUGUUUGCAGGUGGCAUCCUUGAGUACCCCACUCCUGGAAGCGUGCUAGGUUUCACGUUCACCUGUCUUAUGACCAAGCAGUUCAGACAUCUGAGACAUGGUGAUCGGUACUGGUAUGAAAGGAAUGACCCUAUCACCGCAUUCACACUUCCUCAAUUGGAAGAGAUACGAAAGUCGUCACUGUCGCGAGUAUAUUGUGACAAUGCAGAAGCCGUGUUCUUUAUUCAGAAAAAUCCCUUUAAACCCUCAACUAGUAAAAACGGAACCAAUCCCGUGAUUGACUGUGACUUCAUUCCCAGAGUGAACUUAGAAGUAUUUAGAGAAGAGGAAGAGCCCAUAGGAAAAUUACCAGAACUACCCAUUGUGCAAGAUUGCCCUCAGGAAUUUGUUCCAUUUAAUGGCCGUUGUAUCAGAUUCUUCGUUAGCCCUACUCCAACAUUUGAGAAUGCAAAAUCAUUUUGCAUGAACUUUAAGACUGAAGACAAUAAACCGGGAGAUCUAAUCGCGAUUCGAUCUCUGGAGGAGAACAAUGAGGUGGUUUCUCUUGCCCCUGAAAAUGGGCAAAGAUAUUAUAUCGGUGUAACAGACUUGGAAGAGGAAGGUGUUUUCCGCCUAAAUGGAGAAACAAAUGCCGCUCCAUUUCUUAACUUUCCGUCAGACUUUCCUCGAGAUUUGACAACUGAAAAACAAAAUGACUGUGUUGUGUUAUCAACGCAUCCGGAUACCACUUUUUCACUGUGGUACACGGUGCCUUGCUCUAACAGCUGGGCUUUUAUAUGUGAAUGUGAAGGUCCGUGCUUUGAGUCCACCGUGGCGAUUUAA